AUGGACGGCGACGAGCUCAUUGCCUCGGUCUACCGCAAGAUCGAGCGGGAGAAAGCCCUCAUCGCCGCCGCCAGUAACAUGCGACAGUCCACCGACAAUGUUCUGGUCCAACAGCGCGUCGACGCCAACAUCCGCGAUGGUCGCAAAAAUAUCGCCUACCUCGAGGAGAAGAUGCGAGAGCUGCAGCUUCGUCAAAUGGAACGGGAAGGCGGCGGCUCACCCCACGACUCUCGUCACACGCAAAGUGGAGGACCACCGCUUCCCCCAAAGGACUAUGGAUACCCGGGUGGUGAAGGCGAUGCGCAUUACCCUCAGGGCGGCGCGGGGUCGAUGCCUUCGGGCGCCCCAUUCUCUGACCCCCGCCCCUACGCCCCGAUCCCUAAGGCGCGGCCAAAUUACACAAAGCUCGAUCUUAUCAAAUAUGACACUCCGUAUCUCGGCCCGAAGAUCCAGCUCAUGCUGUCUCAACUCGAAUUCAAGUUGAGCGUAGAGAAACAAUACAAGGCGGGUAUCGAGAAGAUGGUCCGGCUGUACCAGGAUGAGGGUGACCGGAAGAGCCGCGCCGAUGCCGAAGGCCGUCGCGUGGAAAGUAACCAGAAGAUCCAGUUGCUAAAGCAGGCCCUGAAGCGAUACGAAGAUCUUCACGUCGAUAUCGACUCGGCCGAUGGUGCAGAUGAUGAGUCGCUCAGCAGCCCCAAUAUGCGCAAGCCCUUGACCGGUCUUCUUACGAUGCGAAUUCAUGCCGUUCAAGAUGUCGACCAUGCCACCAGCUCACGAUUCUCACGUGGCCCUGAGACGUUCGUUAUCGUCAAGGUGGAAGAUGCAAUCAAAGCACGGACAAAGGCUACCCGAAACGAUAAAUGGCUUGAUGAAUCGUUCUCUAUUGACAUCGAUAAAGCGAACGAGAUCGAGUUGACCGUUUACGACAAGUCUGGAGACCGUCCCACCCCCAUCGGUAUGCUGUGGGUGCGCAUUUCCGAUAUUGCCGAAGAAAUGCGUCGCAAGAAGAUUGAAACUGAGCUGAACGCCUCGGGAUGGGUUUCGGCGGACAAAAUGGAUGGAUCGGGCGCUCCACGAUCCGACUACCACCCAGGAUCUCCAGGCACCUCUCACGGGGGACCUGGUGGUGGCAGCUUCGGUGCAAUGGUGCCUCCUGGCGGAAACCCCCAUGGAGACAACCCGAAUGCGCCCCCGACAGUCAUGAUCGAUUCAUGGUUUGCUUUGGAGCCAUUUGGCCGUAUUCAGCUCCAGAUGAGCUUUGCCAAGCAACUGAAGGAUCGUCGUCCCUUCGACAUUGGUCUCAACCGACAGGGUGCCGUGCGCCAGAAGAAGGAGGAGGUUCACGAAAAGCAGGGCCACAAGUUUGUCACCCAGCAGUUCUACAACAUCAUGCGCUGUGCGCUGUGCGGAGAUUUCCUCAAGUAUGCCGCGGGCAUGCAAUGCGCGGACUGCAAGUACACUUGCCACCGUAAAUGCUAUCCAAAGGUUGUCACCAAGUGUAUCAGCAAGGCCAACUAUGAGACCGACCCCGACGAGGAGAAGAUCAAUCACCGGAUUCCCCACCGUUUCGAAGGCUUCUCCAACCUCUCUGCCAACUGGUGUUGCCACUGUGGUUACUUGCUGCCAUUUGGACGCAAGAAUGCCAAACGGUGUACUGAAUGUGCGCUUACUUGCCACGCUCAAUGCACACAUCUUGUGCCUGAUUUCUGUGGCAUGUCGAUGGAAGCUGCAAAUCAGAUCAUUGACGCUCAGAUUCGCGCAAAGCAUCACAACAAAUCUACAUCUGUCAGUUCUGGUCUCAGCGGUCGUACCCUCCGACCAGGCGGUCCGCCGCAACCCCCUCCUGACAAUACCGCCCUCUCUUACCCCCAAAAACCCACCAACGGCCCCUUCGGGGCGCUUCCCAGACUACCGUCAGCCGAAGCGUCACCAAUAGCUGCUAAACAGGCUCCUCGCCUACCAUUGCCGCCGAAAUCGCCCUCCUCCGGAUCUCCUGCCCAGCUUGCGGCGAUCACUGCGACAGGACAGCGGAUCCCUGCACAACCCCCAACGGAACCAGCUCGUCCUCCAGUGCAGCAACACCAUCAAGCUCCUACUUCACACACCCCUUAUGUCCCAUCCAACUAUGCUAAUUUCCAGCAAGCACCUCAGCCUCCGCAGAUACAGAAGCCUGCUGGACCUUCUUACCCGAUGCCCCCGCCCCAGCAGCCGGUGCAGGUCAUAUCUCCCCAGAUACCCCCGCCGCACAAGGAGCCGGAGCCUCCUACGCCUCAGGCUAAGGCUCGUAUUGGGUUGGAUCACUUCAACUUCCUUGCUGUGCUUGGUAAGGGUAACUUCGGAAAGGUCAUGUUGGCUGAAACAAAGAGCACUCGGAAGCUGUACGCCAUCAAGGUGCUGAAGAAGGAGUUCAUCAUUGAGAAUGACGAGGUGGAGAGCACUAAGUCUGAGAAGCGUGUCUUCCUGAUUGCCAAUAAGGAACAGCACCCCUUCCUGCUGAACUUGCACGCUUGUUUCCAGACAGAAACUCGUGUAUACUUCGUUAUGGAGUAUAUCAGUGGUGGUGAUCUCAUGCUGCACAUUCAGCGUGGUCAAUUCGGCCUCAAGAGGGCACAGUUCUAUGCUGCGGAGGUCUGCCUGGCUCUCAAGUACUUCCACGAGAACGGCGUCAUCUACCGUGAUUUGAAGCUGGACAACAUUCUGCUGACUCUUGAUGGUCACAUCAAGAUUGCUGAUUACGGUCUUUGCAAGGAGAAUAUGUGGUACGGCUGCACCACCAGCACCUUCUGUGGUACUCCCGAGUUCAUGGCACCCGAGAUUCUACUGGACAAGAAGUAUGGUCGCGCUGUUGACUGGUGGGCGUUUGGUGUCCUCAUAUACCAGAUGCUACUGCAGCAGUCUCCCUUCCGUGGUGAGGACGAGGACGAAAUUUACGAUGCCAUUCUCGCAGACGAGCCCCUCUACCCCAUCCACAUGCCUCGUGACUCUGUCUCAAUCCUGCAGAAGCUGCUGACCCGUGAGCCUGAGCUGCGCCUGGGCUCUGGCCCUACUGAUGCUCAGGAGGUGAUGUCGCACGCGUUCUUCCGCAACGUCAACUGGGAUGACAUCUAUCACAAGCGGGUUCCUCCUCCCUUCAUCCCCACUAUCAGCAGCCCCACGGAUACUAGCAACUUCGACCAGGAGUUCACCAGCGUGACUCCAGUUCUGACCCCCGUGCAGUCCGUGCUCUCACAGGCCAUGCAGGAAGAGUUCCGCGGUUUCUCCUACACGGCCGAUUUUUCUUGA